UCUCCUGAUGCUCAUGGACAGCCCCCUGAAUCGGGCUGGUCUCCUGCAGGUUUAUAUUCAUACACAGAAGAAUGUUCUAAUCGAAGUCAAUCCCCAAACCAGAAUCCCGAGAACUUUUGAUCGAUUCUGUGGUCUUAUGGUUCAGUUGCUGCAUAAGCUCAGUGUUCGAGCAGCUGAUGGCCCUCAAAAAUUGUUGAAGGUGAUUAAAAAUCCAGUCAGUGAUCAUCUCCCUGUGGGCUGUAUGAAGAUAGGUACCUCUUUUGCAGUUCCAAAGGUGUCAGAUCUGCGUGAACUGGUUCCUACAGCGGAGCCAGUGGCCAUUGUUGUGGGGGCUUUUGCCCACGGUUCGGUCAAUGUUGACUAUACAGAAAAGAUGGUCUCCAUCAGCAACUAUCCCCUCUCUGCUGCCCUGACAUGUGCUAAAAUUACUACUGCCUUUGAGGAAGUUUGGGGAGUAGUAUGAGUUUCUGCUGCUACUGCUGUCAUGGUGGACUCCUAUACCAUGACUCCAUGUUCUGGAGAGGCUUUUUUACUGAAGUGUGGACCUGGUGCAACAUUGGGCUCUUGGAAGGGAAAAGGCUUCAAUUUCGUCCUUUUAGCUUCUGGAGCAAUGAGACUUUAAAUGGACUGCCCCACUGACCUUUUUUCCUUCUAUUAAAGGUCACUUUUGAUAAG